UCUAAGUGCUCCGACACAGCUGCUGAUGCGAUUCCGGCAUCGCUGAGUGGCGUGGCCGGUAUAAGCCGCCGGUCAGUUUUUGGCGUUGUUUCACAGUCAUUGUGUGAUUCGUAUGAUUCCUCCAACGACUAUUUCAUUUUUCGCCGACUCUGACCAUAUCGAUCCCAGUAUUGGGAUCAGGUGCCAUUUUCUCUUCCAUAACAACAAGAAGACCAUCUUUUGCGGUUGAUUGCCAGAGCACGUUGUCUUGUGUUUCAUCGCUAUUUUUUGCAAUUACUCCUUUGUGACAUUGAGAUCUCGUGCAAUUUGCAUAGAAAAAUUUGAUGACGUACAAGAAAGAGUGAAAUAUUUUUAUCAUUCUUGUAAAUACACUGUAAAUAAGGUUACAAGAGAUUUGCAAUCAUGGUAUUACAAAGCAAGUUUGUAAAUCAGAGCAAGGAGGAGCGUAUGGUGAUAACAAUUGGCGAAAUUAUACAAGAGUUAUUAAAGGCACAUAAUGAAAAUCGAGACGUUGAUCUAAAUAAAUUGAAGACGAGAAUUUCUUCAAAGUAUGGCCUGGACUCUUCUCCAAGAUUGGUUGACAUUAUCGCAGCAGUACCUAGUUACGCUAGGAACAUGCUUCUGCCGAAAUUGAAGGCUAAGCCUAUCAGGACUGCUAGUGGGAUUGCUGUUGUAGCAGUGAUGUGCAAACCACACAGAUGUCCACAUAUUAAUAUGACGGGAAAUAUCUGUGUUUAUUGCCCCGGCGGCCCAGAUUCUGACUUUGAAUAUUCAACACAAUCGUAUACAGGAUACGAACCCACGUCGAUGAGAGCUAUACGCGCGAGAUAUGAUCCUUUUUUACAAACAAGACAUCGCAUUGAACAGUUAAAACAACUGGGCCACAAUGUCGACAAAGUCGAAUUUAUUGUUAUGGGCGGUACUUUUAUGUCAUUACCAGAUGCCUAUAGAGAUUAUUUUAUACGGAACCUACACGACGCGCUGUCUGGUCAUACAAGCAGUAAUGUUGACGAAGCAGUGAAGUACUCGGAACGUAGUACUACCAAGUGUAUUGGUAUCACCAUUGAAACUCGGCCUGAUUAUUGUCUCAAGAAGCAUCUCUCGGAUAUGCUACGUUAUGGAUGCACACGUUUGGAAGUCGGUGUACAAUCGAUAUACGAAGAUGUGGCGCGGGAUACUAAUAGAGGGCAUACAGUACGUGCCGUAUGUGAGAGUUUUCAACUGGCAAAAGAUGCCGGAUUUAAGGUGAUAGCUCACAUGAUGCCAAAUUUGCCGAAUGUCGACUUGGAACGAGAUAUCGCCCAGUUUAUAGAAUUCUUCAAGAAUCCUGCGUUUCGAGCGGAUGGACUAAAAAUUUAUCCAACAUUGGUUAUACGUGGCACCGGCUUGUACGAAUUAUGGCAAACUGGAAGAUAUAAGAGUUACGAGCCCAGUGUAUUAGUCGAUUUUAUAGCCCAUAUUCUAGCUUUGAUACCACCGUGGACCCGCGUUUAUCGCGUACAACGUGACAUACCAAUGCCAUUAGUGAGUUCUGGUGUAAAACACGGGAAUUUGCGUGAAUUGGCUCUAGAAAGAAUGAAGGAUAUGGGCACAGAGUGCCGUGAUGUUAGAACACGCGAAGUAGGAAUUCAAGAAAUACAUCAGAAAGUACAACCCUAUGAAGUUGAACUUAUACGACGUGAUUACGUAGCCAAUGAGGGAUGGGAGACAUUUUUGUCAUACGAAGAUCCCUUGCAGGACAUUCUAAUUGGCCUGCUUAGAUUAAGAAAAUGUUCUACCAGCACAUUCAGGCCGGAAUUAAAAGAAAAAACUUCUAUAGUAAGAGAGCUUCAUGUUUAUGGCAGCGUAGUACCUAUUAGCGCUCGCGAUCCUACAAAAUUUCAACACCAAGGGUUCGGUAUUUUGUUAAUGGAAGAAGCUGAACGAAUCGCAAAAGAGGAACAUAAAUCUGAUAAAAUUUCCGUAAUUUCAGGCGUUGGUACACGUAAUUAUUACAGAAAAUUGGGUUAUGAACUUGACGGUCCAUACAUGUCUAAAAUGCUUAUAUAACUAAGAAAGUGAAUUUUCAGAGAGAGAAAAAGACAAUAAAUAAUAUAUGUAAAUAAAUAAAUAAUGAAACUAAUGCAAUAUUAAAAACG